AUGGCUAUCGUAAUCCAUAAUGGUACACAUACGACUGUAGCUGGAUUUUCACAGGUCGAUAUGCCACAAGUCGUGUGUUCUUCGAGCUACAUGAAGAGAGCAGAUGAAAGUCUCGAAUUUGAGCUUGAUGCACUGUUGGAAGGUCCAGAAUCACCCAUAUUUACUAUAAUGAACCCGGAAGGCGUACCGUAUGAUUGGGAGGCUCUAGAGAAACAAUGGAGAUGGAUUGUCGAAACUAAGCUAGGAUCGAAACUGGAAGAAACCCCGCUUGUGAUCACAGUAGCACCAGAUUUACCACAGGAAGCCAAAUCGCAAUAUCUAGACGUGGCGCUGAGAAGGCUCAAGGUCCCCGUUUUCCAAAUGGUGGUAGAGCCGCUAGCAGUCGCGCUCUCAUUGGGACGUAACACGGCCUUGGUGGUAGAUAUUGGAGCUGCGAAAGCAACCGUGACACCCAUUAUCGAUGGAAGUGUGGUAUCAAGUGCAGCGAUUCGCUCUCGCUUCGCCGGCGACUUUCUGGAUUUUCAGGUUUACGAAAUGCUUAAACAUCAAAUCGAAAGCGAUGAAAGUUUGCCGAAAGAUCCAUCGUAUGCUGCAUGGCACAACUCCCGCACUUGGAUCCAAGAAUUCAAGGCUUAUAUGCUGCAAAUCUCUCCCUCAAAACUACAGGAAAUGGAUUCUGCCACAGUUGAUAUACUGGGUAUGAAUAGCAUCAAAAAGUUUUUAUACAAGAAACAAAAGACAAUUAGUUUGACCCAAAAACAAUGUUGCUCAAUUACAGAGGGCAUUUUCCAGCCGUCUGCAGCGUCACCGCAAUUUUCUAAAGAUGAAGGUUUGUCGGAUAUUGUCGCGAAAUCUGUAAAAAAAGCAGGUGCUUCGAGCACUCAAGCCUCCUCCGCUUCGAACGUUGCCUCUGCAGAACAAAUUCAUACGGCCUUGCUAACGAGCAUUGUAAUAACGGGUUCUUCCUCGCUCAUCGCUGGUCUCGAGCAGCGGGUCGUUAACGAUCUCAGCUACCAGUUCCCUCAGUACAAGUUGUCUUCUUUCGCAAAUCCUUUGGUGCUAGAUCGGAAGCUACAGAGCUGGCACGGUGGUGUUACUAUGGCUAAUUUGCCGUCAUGGGAUUUAGGCGAUUGGAUUUCUCGCAAAGACCACGAGUCUAACGCCACAUAA